AUGGUGUUUGGGCAGCACAUGAUUGUAGACGGGAAGUCGUAUCGAGUUAUUAGAGAACUAGGACUGCUGGAAGAUAGAACGGUGCAGUUUGAUAAAGACGACUCGAGGGAUAUAAUCAUGCGUACCGCCCAGGAGGCGAUGGACGUCCAAAGGCAAAGAAACGAGCGGUCCUACAAUCUGAGAAGCCGAGAGGUAUCUUAUAGACCUGGACAGGAAGUGUACCGACGGAACUUCCAACAAAGCAAUUUUUGCAAAGGGUUUAGCUCAAAACUGGCUCCGGUCUUCAUAAAAUCAAGAGUUCGGAAGAAGCUAGGAGCGGCUUAUUACGAGAUCGAGGAUCUCCAAGGAAAGGUUGUAGGCAAGUACCAUGCUAAAGACCUACGGCAAUAG